AUGACGCAGAGUGCAGAUUUUACCGUGCAGCAGCCCAUGCAAUCCCACUGCAACGACGCUUCCAUAUUUGGGGCCAAGAAUUCGGAUGACACUCUCCUCAUUGGCCUGGCUUGUGCUUGUCCCAAGCUGACGAAUCUGCAACUUAGCAGUUCUGGCCGUUCCGGAAUAACGCGUACGGGACUAGAUGCACUGUUCACAGCGUGCACUGACCUGCAGGUGCUUUCCUUACAGAUAUCUGUGAAGAUUCAGCAAAUGCCAGCUUCUUUCUUUGGUUUAACUUCACUAAGGGACGUUUCUCUCAGCUUCGGCCUCUGCGAAUUCCCGGAUAGAUUUGGAAAGCUCAAAUCUCUGGAGGUUUUGACGCUGGAAUGCCUACACAUCACUGAUCUACCUGAUUCCAUUGGCCAGCUCACCGCAUUGACCGAGCUGAGCAUUUCCAACUGCCAGCGGCUUCAGGAUCUGCCGGAUUCCAUUGGCGACCUUCGUUCGUUGAAGAAACUGGAGACAUUCCGCGCGAAGCCGUUAGAAGUUCUCCCUGACAGCAUCGGCCAGCUUCGGAAUCUUGAGAAUGUUCUUCUCUACCUCAACCGGUCCCUGUGCGAGCUUCCGGAUUCCUUUUUCCAACUCCCGUCCCUCAAGGUUUUCAAGCUGUGGGAAUUGAAACAUCUUCCGGAGCUUGAAAGCGCUGUGUCGAGUCUCGUGGCUCUGGAAAUGCUUCACAUUGAGAAAUGCUGGUUUGAAUCGCUCCCGGAUUCCCUCUGUCAGCUUCCCAACCUCCGUCGCCUGAUGGUCACCGACUGCUGGGAUCUUACCAGCCUUCCGCGAAGCAUCGGCGAUGCAUCUUCACUGCAGCGUCUGAAAUUCUCCAACCUCGGAAGCUUGGAGUGCCUGCCGGGUUCCAUUUCGAAGCUGUCUGAUCUGCAAUCAUUCGUCCUGAAACGAUGCGGUGCCAUAAUGGAGUUCCCAGCCUCUCUCUUCCAAGACUGCACGAGUCUGAAGAAACUGGAAUUUGAUUGGCCGUACAGCUGCGGGAAUGACAGUCGGGCAGGAAGUGUAUCUUCAGCUGAGUUUGUGUCUAACCUUUGCGAAUUAUCCAGCCUUACAUCCCUUGUCCUGUCUGGUGUUCCAGAUCUCACCACUCUUCCUCCUCAGAUUGUGAAUCUCUCGGAGCUGGAACAGCUGAAACUUCAUUCUUGGCCCAAACUGGCGUGCUUGCCUGAUUCAAUGUCCAAGCUCGUCGACCUCUACUAUCUCGAAAUUGUAACCUGCCCGACUUUCGAUAAAACGAUCAAAAAGAUUUCUGGGCUUCCACGUGUGGAGAUUGUACGGGAGAGCAGUCGAGAAGAGUGGGCAAGUGAUGAUGAGUGGGGAAGCGAUGACGAGGGGCUGCUGUAA